AUGACAAUUCCCCCACAAGACUAUCUACGUACCCUUAAUUCCAUCCGAGACCGCUGCUAUCAAGUUUAUGAACAAGCCGCAAAAGGCGCACUUCAAUAUUUUGAUGUGGAUGAAUCCAAGCUACCUGCAGUAGUAGACCACGUCAUAGCCCUUGCACAUCGCCGUUUCCCAGAUAUGGACGCCAUUCCUCCUCAUUCUCGUCUGCGUCAUUUUGAUCAUGUAUAUCAAACAUGGCGUGAAAAGACCGCCAAGGCUGAUGACAAGAUAGAACUUGCACGCAAACUCGUGGAUUUGGUUAUCGUGUCCGUUUUAGUGGAUGCUGGUGCAGGUCCGGAAUGGAAAUACAAAACUGAUAACGAUAAGCUGGUGGGCCGUUCUGAAGGAUUAGCAUUAGCUUCAGUGGACAUGUUCCUCUCUGGAUCUUUUUCGAGCACAUCUGUGCUUGAUCAGGUGGAUGCUGAAGGACUUGCUAAUGUAUCACCAAAGACCAUGGCACAGGGUUUUCAGGUGACUGAAUCGAAUCCCAUGGUAGGCUUGGAAGGACGUUCUACACUCCUCAACCGGCUCGGAAAUACGCUGAAGUCCCAACCAAAGUACUUUCCUGCCUCUGGCUCAUGUCCUACAAGUCGACCAGGAAAUUUGAUUGAUUAUAUUCUCGCCAACAAGCAAGAUGAUGGAAGUAUUUCUAUUGAUACGUUAUGGGAAGCGGUCAUGAGCCUUGGUAGUAUCUGGCCAGCUCGCGUAGAAGUCAAUGGAGUUCAAUUGGGCGACGUUUGGCCUUGUCCUUGUCUUGGAUCCAAUAUGCCCGAUAAUAUUGUCCCGUUUCAUAAGCUCUCUCAAUGGCUCACAUAUUCUUUGACCGAAGUAAUCGAAACAGCACUUGAUAUGCAUGUUCAUGGCAUCGAUAAGCUGACAGGUUUACCAGAAUAUCGCAACGGCGGCCUCUUUAUUGAUUAUGGUGUAUUCGUCAUCAAGCCAGAACAAAUUGAACGGGGUGGUGGGAACGGCUCAAACAUUUUGCCCACAUUUGAGGGGCACGAUCCCUUGAUUGUCGAGUGGCGUGCGCUCACAGUCGUGUACUUGGACAAGGUGCAUAAGGAACUUGAAGCAAAAUUGGGACGCAAACUCAAGCUUGCCCAGGUGCUUGAAGGUGGAACAUGGACAGCUGGACGAGAGAUUGCUGCUACACUUCGUCCGGAUAAUGCAGGCCCGCCUAUCAUCAUCAAAAGUGAUGGCACACUAUUUUAG